GAUUAGAAUAAACUCUUUUAUUGACUAUAUAAUAUUUUCAUAGAUUAAUUGUGCAUUUUUCGUUUUACUUGUGUGAAGGGUUUUCUUUCACCAUUAAUGGUUGGGAAGUCAUCGGUGUCAGCUUUGCAAGAAUAUUGUGCAGAAAAUAAAAUACCUGCUCCCACUUACGAAUGGAUUGAUUCGGAAAGCGGUUCUUUCAUUUGCAGAGCAACAGUAAUGGAAGUUGAGGCGGAUGGCAACGGACGUUCGAAAAAGGAUGCCAAGCAUCUAGCUGCUUCGAAUAUAAUUAAGAAACUACGUUUACAGCAUCCGGAUAUUGAUGAGAUCCCGCAAGUCGAACAAACGGAAAUACCCACUACAGAUAUGAUAGCGGUCUUGAGGGACUAUUGUGUUCAGCACCAACAUCCGUUACCCACAUUCGAAAUGGUACAAGAAGGUGGUACACCAGAUGCUCCAGAAUUUAUUGCGCUUUGUACCUUAGCGUCUAUUAAAAGACUUGGCAUAUCUGAAAAGAAAAAAGAUGCUCGCCAAAAGGCUGCUUUAGCCAUGCUAGUUGUGAUCCAAGAUCGUAACGCACAACCUUUGGAACGAGAUAUGCAAAUAAUGUCGUUAGAUGACAAAAUGGAAGACGUUGAAGCUGAACGCUACCAUAAAUUUAAAACCUACCGGGAACUCACCGAAUCCUCGCUAGGUGAAAUUCCAGGUAUAUCGCUUUGCGAGCGUCACAAUUACUUUAAAAAAUUCCAUAAACAUUUGCGUAUGGCGGCCAACAAUAUAUUAGCAGACAGUUAUGAAAGUGACCAAAAUAAGCUUAUGGAACUUUUUCAGGCUCUUAAAAUUAAUCCGAAAAUUAGCAAAGUGCCAUCUGCAAAUACGUUAGAAUUGACGGUAUGUAUUGAGCUUAACUGUGAAUACGAUGUAUACUUUGCUAAUCUUGAAAGUAAAAUUUAUAAGCAAGUUUUAAAUUAUUUUCAAAUUAUGUUAAAUUAACUAAUUCUCUGUCGGCGUUAUAUAGCUAUUUAAUAUCUUUUUUAAAUCUAUUCAAUAAACUUUCGUCAAUUUUAUGCAUCGAUGAACAAAACUGAAAAACAGAUG